UGAAUAUGUCAUCCAUUCUGAAUAAAUUUAGGAAGCAACCUCAAAAUGAUGUACCUGCAGGAAUUAAAAUCGAGAAUACUUUGUUUGGAUAGCAACAAGGAACUUAUCAACCACCCAUAAUUCCAUCUGUUUAAUUAUCUCAAACCAACCAACCAAGAUAAAAAGGAAGACCCGGAGGAGGUACUAUAAUUCUAUAAUUUUUUAGGCUGGGAUGAUGAGCCUGAACCAUAAUAGUAAUAAUAAUAAACAUCCUCAAACAAGCCUACGAAUACGAUUAAUCUAAUUAAUGAUACCCCACCUAGGUAAAAUGAAAAUAAAGCGAACUUUGACAUACUAUUACCACCACAACCUUCCAACAACAACAUACAAUUAAGUAGAGUGAGUGAGUAUACAAAAGGACAACUAUUAACUCAUGAAGAAUUAGAGAUCGGAGGAUUGUACUAAUACUUUAUAUCAUUUUAGUGAAUUUGAAUUCCAUAUUGUAGAGGAAGCUAUUAAAUUAGGCGGUAUUAAAUUGAAGUAGAGUGAUUCAGUCCUUAAGGAAUUUGCAAGAGCUUGUUAAACUUUACAGGAAUAAUUGAUAGGAAGCAUCCUUUUGAAUAAGCUCUAUAGUGAAGAGAAUUGGAAAGUUCAAAUUGUAAACAAAUUUAAUCAAUUUGUAGAGAUGCAUUUAUGCAAUUCAAUUUAUUAGUUAAUAAUAUCAAAACUAUAGAGAAUUCUUUUUAAUUAAUUAGAAUUACUUAAAGAUAGAUACGGAUUAAUAAAUAUUAUAAUCAGCAAUUGAGUAAACUCUUUUAGAAAUUAAUGGAUAGCAAUAAUAGAAGCAGAAGGUAUUAUUUCACUAUAUUUUCUAAGGAGAUUUAAUUUGAAUUUCGUGAACCCCCUAAACCAUAAUAAAAUAUAGUAUAACAACAAUAAGCAAAUCUUUUUGAAAUAGGAAUUAACGAAGGAUAACAGAAAUAAUAACAACAAUAAAAACUAGAUUUAAAAUCCCUAAAGAUUAAAUAACCUGAGGUGAAGCAAUAGACUCAAUAAAAUACUCAAAUAGAUUUAUUAGAUGCAUUCAAUUAAAUGUCUGUAUCAAAUCCCAAUUAAAACUAAUAAUAAUAAUAAAAACAAGGAAUUAACUUUGAUGAAAUAUUAAAUACUUAGACAACUCAAAAUGUAUAAUAGCCAUAAUAAAAAAAGAAUGCCUUUGGUUUUCUCAAAAAGGAUCAGCAGCAAUAACCUUAAUAACAGCCACCACCUCAAUAGUUAAAAUAAGAAUAAUCCUAAUUAAACACACUUUUAUUGCAAGCACCUCAAUAAUUAUACUAACAAUCAGCACCAAAUUAAUAAUAGAUUUCAAAUAUUCCCUAUGGAUAGCCAUCAAAUUUAUACAACCUAUAAUAAUAAGUCUAGUUUGGAUAAACAAAUUAUUCCUAAGCGUUUGCUCAAUUUAACAUCCAAUAAUAACAAUACAAUUUGGUUUAGUAAACUCAGUUUACUUAAGAAUAGCCAUAGUAAAAGCAACAGCCUGCACCAAAAGAGAAUGCUUUUGAUUUCCUAAAUUUCUGA